AUGGCUUCCGUUCGCCGAGGACAACCCUCUCUUUCUGUCCGCAUGCCUUCCAACCAACCCCUCGACCGUCCUCCGAUCGAUGCUCUCUUUCUCAUUCACUUUGACGUAAAGGCCGGAUAUACGAUUCUCUGGAAGCAGAAUGCUCCAGGGAUUGACCUAGAGGGCCUCGUCGAGUACAAAUCUCUUCCCUCCGGGUUACACACCGUCUCCGAGGACCUCAUCUACUUCGUCCACGAUAGCGUCCAUGCUGGACUCAGCGCCUUUGUUAAUAUACCAUGCGACGAGGAGGAGGCGCGAAAUGCGAGGAUGUUUGCAGUUGGUGUUCUGGUGCCUCUUAGCUAUGGUCGAUUGGGUCGCGCAUGGAGACAUGCUGAAGGGCUGAAGGAAAUGGCUGCGAAACUUGCAGAAGAUCGCAAAAACACGAGUAUACUUGAAGAGUAUUGGAUUGCCAACCGUGAAAAGACGGGCAAUGGCAAUCGUCGUCUUUCAGGAGAGACGCCCGUGAGCUCUCCGUCACUCAUCUCACAACCUUUCCCUCGUAAAACACAUAGCCGCAACCGAUCAGCCUCUGAUGGCGCCUCUCUAAUACCUCCUGGCAACAGGCUCUCGCCAUAUCACCCCGCCUGGAGUUUGACUAGCCUUUUGGACAAGUUUGGUCCCCUUAUCUUCCCUAUACAUCGCGCUGCUUUACUGCGUAAGCGUAUCCUAAUAUCAUGCCAUGCACCAGUCCAUGAGGUCUGUGAUUUUGUAUAUAAUUUGUCUGUUCUCUCCAACAUUCCAUUAUCUGUCACGGAUAUACUCCCAGGCUCAGCUUCAACACAACGUCUAAGACCACUAUUCUCUAUUGGUGUUCAUGAUAUUCCCUUCCUGAUGGAUGACUUUGAGGCAUCCAAAAGGCGUCGCAAUGAUGAAGAUGCAGUAGAUGAUGAAUCGGGCUCCGGUUGGAUCGCAUGCACUACUGACAGUAUUCUCGCUAUGAAGGACACUCUGUGGGAUAUGCUGGUCACUCUGCCUCCUGACUAUUCUUCUAAUGCUACAGAACGGGUUUGGCCUGUGGUCGAGUGUCCUCGUGGACAGCCAAUCAAGGCAACUCAACGAGAUCUACGUCGCUUUACUUCUUUGAAGAAUGGCCUCUCACGACUUGCUACUGCCAGCCAGAUUCCCAGCGCUGUCCCGGAGUCGCCUGAAGAGGAGCGCUCUGCGCGCCGAGUUUCUAUGUCUAGUCAUAUGGUCCGUGAUCCACGAGAUGAUGCAGUCGAAAAGAUCGUCGAGCCUUUAACCUGGGCGGCCUUUGCUUACAAUGGUUAUAUGUGGUGGGCCAGUGCUGGUGAACAACUGCGUCAGGAACAGCAAGAAGAAGCAUCUCAUGAUGCCUCCCUACUCGCCGACUUCGGCCCUUCGGCCAUGGCUAUGCCUCGACCAGGCUCUCGCUCUGAACCCUCGGCAGAUUCGCUUGGUUAUUUGAACCAAACUUACCGCGCUCCCGAUGGCUCAGGAGAGGCCAGGUUUGAGCUCGCCAUCAUCGCUUACUUUCAUCGUCUCACCACUCAAAUACUAUCCGUGCUAGCUGAUCUAGCUGACAGCCAAGAUGAACCUUACACUGAUCAAGACGACGAAGAUGAGGGUUUAUCACAAGUCUCUGUUGAAAGAACACCACUCCGUCCAUCGGAUUCCGAUUUCGAAGAAGACGCCGCUGACGCCAUUCGCGUAGAUAGCCACGCUGUGGAGAGCAUGGGUCUCGACGUCUGGAGCGACACUGACGCUCUGUUCAUACGCGAACUGUCGCUUCUGUACUUUGGCCGAUCCGCACGCAUCGAGGGCAAGGGCGUCGAGGUCUGUGGUGUAAGAGUCUGUUAG